AUCAACGUAACAACAAUAUCACGGAUUACACGACCAUAAGCGUGGGAAACGUCAAAACAGUCGCACUGUUAGUUUAAUCGUGCAGAGUACGUGAGAUUUUUCUGGUUCGACGGAUCCUUCAAUCCGAUUAUGUAGUGGUGCGUCGAACAUGAAGACGAUAGAGGGCAAAGUAGUAAUGCUAGGAUCGCAGGGUGUUGGCAAAACGAGUUUGAUCGGGCGUUACGUGGGAAACUUUGAGCACGCAAGUCCGACGAUAGGAGCAUCUUUUUUCAACUGCAAGCUCAAUUUGGGGGAUACGAAGAUAAAAUUGCACGUAUGGGAUACGGCUGGCCAGGAGAGAUUCCGCUCCAUGGCACCGAUGUAUUAUAGACACGCCAACGCGGCUAUGCUAGUGUUCGACCUCACGCAGUACAACAGCUUCGCCGCGAUCAAGGGUUGGGUAAAGGAGCUACAGCAGAACGUGGAGGAGACGAUGGUGCUGGCCGUGAUCGGUAACAAAUCCGACCUGCAUCAGCGACAAGUCGACGGUGAGGAGGGUCAGAAAUACGCCACGUCGAUUGGUGCUACGUAUCACGAGAUUUCAGUGUUGCAUAACGAAGGAGUGGAAACCGUGUUCCUAGCCAUUGCUAAGGGUCUACUGAGGGUGGCAUCGGACAAUACAGACAUCACCACUCUCAAGAUUUCCGAAUUGAAUAGCUUUUUUAACGGUGACGGUAUGCCACUCUCGCCCUCCAUCGAGGAGAGUCCGCAAAAUACCAGUAUUGCGCACGGCAUACUCGAGAAACCGUUUACCUGCUGCUAAAUUCGAGCUCAAGAGCGACGAUAGAGAUUAAGGAAAGAUUGUAGGCCUUGCUAAUGUUAGACGAGUCCGCGUUAAUGCACGACGAUUGUGCAUUGCGCCGACGACCAAAGAAUUUUUUAUGUUAUUUAAAUUAUGUUAUUCGCCGAUGCUCAUAAUUUUUCUUUUUCAACAGCAUUAAUUAAUUACGUUGACGAAUCACAAAUAAAAAUUUAAAAAAAAAAAAGUUUUAUGCCAUUUUCGAGACGCAAGAUGUACGCGCAAGGCAAACAACGAUCUGCUCUUCCACGCAGCUUCGCUCCUAAUACGAUUAGUUACAUCGCACAUGGCAACGUUUUCGUCGAUUUAUCGCGGGCGUGUUAAGUCGAUGAUAUCAAAAUAUUAUCAAACAAGAUUGUAAUUGUUGAAGUAAAGGAAGUUAUAAAAUUCGAUUUCUACAAAUAAAUAUCAAGAGAGGCAAAAGUGAUACGUAAACGAGAUCUCGUAGAAAUUUAACGAGAUACGUUAAUUCGUGUCAAAGAUUAAGGUCGUAAUGAGUUAUAAAUCAGGAAAUGUAGCAAGGUUGUAAGUUCAACUUGAUUAUAAUUUUUGCAAGCUGUAUGCAAUCUGAUUAGAUAAAUUUUGAUAUGCGCUAAUUCUAUUUCGUAAGAUAUGAUCAUCGAAAUGCGUGAGAAAUUAUGCAAAAUCGAUUAAUCGCAUAUGACGAUCGUAUAACUUGCCAUUAGAAAGCUAACCUUCGCAAAUUUCAGCUAAUUAUUAUUAUGCUUAACAUUACUUUUAUUACAUUACUUUAUUUACUAAUUUUAUACUAAAAGCAACAGUAUUUUGCAUCUAUGUGCAAAUUUAUUUAUAAAUGGAAUAGAAUAGAUUUAUUAUAAUAUUAAUAUUUUUUAGAAGACUGUAAACUUUAAUUUUUAAAUAUUUUUUCUUUUUUUCUAUGCAAAGACGAUGAAGUAUUUUCGAUACGUUUAGGGAAACUUUCAAUUUUUAUUUUCGCACACAUUGUGGUGCGUAUAUCCACGCGCCUCGUCGAUCACACACCUUAUAUAUAAAGUUUUUAUAUCCAAUGAAGAUAAAUAUGUUUGUAAUAAAAAAAAUGUAAACUGUA